CUUCGUUCUCCAGACUUGUUUCCACGAGCUCGCCAUGCAGGAUUCUACCCCGGAUUCAUCCCACGGUUGUCUCCAUGCCUGAUCAGCCACUUUCUCCAGGUCGCCGCGCCUCGGUUCCACGCACGAGGGUGUCGCGUGCAUGUGUUGCAUGCCAACAGAAGAAGCAGAAGUGUGAUGGCCAAACCCCAUCGUGCAAUAACUGCCUUCGGGCAAACAGAAUAUGUGUAAGCCAGGAUCCGGCGACCAAGCGACGACAUCCACGGGGGUACCUGGAGUCCCUUGAGCAGCAUAAUUCGCUGCUUGAAAAUCAUGUCGCCUUCCUCGAACGGAAGAUCCGAGAAAUGCAGCCAGACACAGACAUAGACCUGUUGCAGAACACUGGAACUGAGCAAAAUGUGGACGUCCAUCAGGACACCUGCUCAACGCAUGAGAGCAGUCGCAGCACUGUUAGUCCGGGAGAUGCAGGCGUUGCAGAGGUUGCCGAAGUUCGCAAUGACAGCAACGACAGCCCUCAUAACUUCUCGAACUUGGAAUUGUUAUGCCUGCAGUCAGCUGGGGCAGAGCGUCACUACUUUGGGGCCUCGUCAGCCUACUCGUUUACCAAGAUGUUUUCGGCAUCCCUUCGAGCAGUUCGAGCACAAGGUCCGGGUAUGACUAUGUCGGGUAUCGCAGACAAAUCAGUUCAAGCUCGGCCACGGGCAACUCCAGCUCCACUACCUGGCAGAGCCUACACAAGCAUGUUAACAUCGGCCUACUUUGAACAAGUGCACCCCCAGUUCCCCUUUCUUCACCGCCCGACUUACCUCGAGUGGGAGGAAGAGGUGAUGACAGCAUGUGAGGGCGGCUAUACACCGAAUCCUACAAAAGCCUUCUUUGUAUUCGCGUUGUGCGCCGUAGGAGCUUUGACAGGUCCAUUGGCUGGGGGUUCGCUUCCCGAGGGCCUGUACGCAUCGGCGGAGAAUUUGUUCGAGCAUGUCAUGCAGCUCAACACUUUAGAGUCCAUACAAGCCAUCCUUUGUUGUGCCAUGUAUUCCAUCCGGUCGCCGGUGGGUGUCUCAGUUUGGAUGCUUUCUGGGCUUGCCCUCCGACAGUGUACCGAAUUGGGCCUCCAUCGAAAGAUACCAUGGUAUAAGCUUGAUUCCAAUGCCCUGAGAACUCAAAUCAGAAGGCGUGUGUUUUGGUGCUGUUACAAUCUGGACCGAGCCAUGUCCGUGACCCUGGGACGGCCGCAGAGCAUCACGGAUAACGACAUUGAUGUGCAGUUUCCUCUUGACAUCGACGAUGAAAACAUAACAGCAUCCGGGGUGUUAUGUGAGCCAAGAAGGUCCAACUUAGAUCCAAGCACUACCAUGUCAGCUGCAAUUCACACUAUCCGUCUUCGCCAGAUCUGGGCUCGAAUUCAAAGUUCCGUAUAUCCUCAGGUUGGCGCAGGCUCCACAGCAACGCCGGACUCGGUCAUUCUGAGCCUCAAACGUGAGCUUGACGAGUGGCUAGACUCGUCCCCAAGCCAACUGGCUUCCAACCGGGAGCACAACAAUGCUUUUGGCUCACGAGAGUGGUUUGAAAUGAUGUAUCACCACUCAAUCCUCCUGCUCCACCGCUACCGUCUUCUUAGUCCCCAGAGCGAUGUUCCUCCUGCUACUUACCUGGAGUGUGCACAAUCUGCGGCGCUUCUCUGCACGGGAUAUCGACAAUUUUACAUCAGCGACCGUCUCACUGACACGUGGGCUGGGUUGCACAACCUAUUCCUUGGUGGAGUCACGUUUCUGUACUGUUUGUGGUCGAGUCCAGAGGUGCGGGCGCAAUUUCGUCUGGACAAGGUGUCCACUACCUGCACGGCUUGUGCUGUUGUUUUAGCCAUCAUGGCAGAACGGUGGGCAGCGGCGGGCCCGUAUCGUGACGCGUUCGACAUGCUCACCAACACCACCUUGACCAUGCUGGCAGAGAGGGGGACCAAAUCCACCGAACCAACCUUUCCCGUCUUCUCCAUAUCCGCCAACGAUCAGUUCUCCGGAUACUUGUCACAUAUGGCCGAAGUCGGAAUUGGCGCUUCUGUAGAGGAGUUGUUGUCGAGCAUGCUGGACUACUAAACCAAUUGCUUCCAUGCCGGGCCCCGUCAAGGCCAUAACGUCAGCGCAGGUGUGGUCAGCAUGUUUGCGCGUCGAGCAGAGUCUUCGCGUUGUAUCGUACUGCACGGGCUAGCCCCGUCUGUUUUAAAGGAAGGAAGACAGCACAUGAAUGAACAGUUUUAAGUGAAGUUGUGAUUUCACGGAGGACUUGUCCUAUUUCAACGGGGCCUGGGGCCUCGUCAGACUAUAUACUUUCUAGGGGUUAUACGAUAGCGUACGACGCUAGUCGAGACCGAAAGACGAUCCUCGACGUCUUUAUAAUACUUAGUACGUAGAGUGCCUAUUUUAUUAUAUCCUCCUCUAUCUAGACCGUUAAAUAGCCUUAUUCGUCGUCGAAGAAUAUCGAGU